AGAGUUUUUGCAGAUCAGUUUGCGGGCUCCCUUCUAGACACGACCUCAUUUCCGGUCCUUCUCUAACAUUUUCCCGCCAGCUGUGGCGAUAACAGCUACCAGCUACCGACACCGAGCAGAGCGGUCCCGGUGUCCGGUCUCCUCACGAUGUCCCGCAUUCUGAACGCUAUCGUGGCGGUGUGUCCGGACCUGGGCAUCGGGAAUAAUGGAAACCUGCCCUGGACGCCGGUUAGACUCAGUAACGAAUUCAAACAUUUCCGAAGGAUGACAGCGACGCCGUCUGUGACAGGUAACAAACAUUCAGGCAAGCAGAACGUGGUGAUCAUGGGCAGAAAAACAUGGUUUUCCAUCCCAGAGAAGAACAGACCUCUGAACAACAGGAUCAACAUUGUCCUCAGCAGGGAAUACAAAGCGCCCCCUGCAGGAGCACACCACCUGGCACCAGACUUCAACUCAGCUCUCAGGCUGGUCGACACGCAGCUAGCAGAAGAGGUUGACCAGGUCUGGGUUAUUGGGGGCAGCUCUCUCUACAAGGAGUUGAUGGAGAGCCUGGGGACCAGGAGACUGUUCGUCACGCGAAUCCUGAAGCAGUUUGAGUGCGACACGUUCCUCCCUGAAAUCAGUCCAGACAAAUAUCGUCUACUGCCAGAGUUUCCAGGAGUGCCACAAGAACUACAGGAGGAGAACGGUAUCCAGUACAGAUUUGAAGUUUAUGAGAGCAUCGAGCAAUGAAGUGAAUUUAAGAAAAAUAAAACCAGAACCGUAUAAAUCCUGGA